AGAUUUAAAGUGUGGCCCUGGCUACAAUAGAGGAACCGGGAGUGGGAGGAUCAGCUCAGCAGCGAUCCUUCUGGCUUUGUUACGCCCGGGAAGCCAUUUUGGAAAUCUGCUUGUUGUGCACUAGCAUAACACUCUCCAGCUACUUGCAAACUUUUGUAUUUUUUACGAGAAAAACACCGAUUGUGAUCAGUGGCUCCGCGGUGAUAAAUGACCGUUUAGUGUCCGUGCGUCGGGAUGCGGGAGGAAGUUUUUUGCGCAUCUUCCUUGAUAGUAAUGUUUGGAUCUGUUCCCUUUGGAUUACUCUCCUAAAGAACCAUAACAUACAUGGACUCUCACAGCACGGUCUAAACAAAGAAGAAUGACCAUGGAUUUUUCCCAACUGCACACAUACACGCCGCCUCAGUGUGCUCCAGACAACACGGGCUACACCUACUCUCUCAGCUCCAGCUACUCCACAGCAGCGUUAGAGUUUGAGAAGCAGCACCAGAUCGCCGCCGUGUACGAGUCUCCCAGGAUGUCGCGGCGGAGCCUGCGUCUGCAGACCGGUGCCGGUCACUAUGGCAACGAGAGCCUGGCCGACUUCUCCCAGAACCACAGCAGCAGCAGCAGCAGCAGCUACACCAGCAGCCGCAGAGAGACACGAACACUGCGGAGCAAAAAGCAGCAGACUGGUUCCAGCUCGCUGUCUCUGUCUCUGAGCCAGGCCGCCACACCGAGGAAGACCCUCUCCUUCUCAGCCGCUAAUACCCCCAUUAUCACCAGCAGCAGCAGCAGCAGCAGGACGGUGGUCCAUGAAGGCAACACGGCGUCUGAUGCAUCUCUGCUCAGCUCCAACCUGGACCAGACCCACCUGGACCGGUCCCACCUGGACCGAUCCCACCUGGACCAGUCCCACCUGAGACAACGCACCGUCACAGCAACCACAACCACCACGUCUACUUCUGUGGAUGGACACUGGGUGAGGAGCUCCAGCAACGAGCACAGUUCAUCAGGAGUGAACGGGGACGCCAGCGCCUCAAAGAGCCACAGCUCGCUGGCCAACGGCUACAUCUGCAGAGACUGCUCCUUCCACUCUCAGAGGACCGACUCCCCCAUCACACGCUCCUCAUCUUCAUUAUUAUCAUCAUCUUCAUCAUCAUCAUCAGCAGCAGCAGCAGCUCAGGCUGCAGAAGCUUCCUCAGACGUUCUCUCCUCCUCCUCCUCGUCACCUUUCACAAGCGUUUACUCCAGAGACAGGAGUCGAAGGAGCAAGACGGGUGUCCUGGUGUCUCUGUCUAACUCGUGUCUGCGCUACAGUAAACGAGUCGUGGCCCCCAUAGUCUCUCUAGUCUCCCUGCUCUUCAACAGUGUCCUCUGGCUGGGCUCCAGGGCCAGGAGCCCUCCAGGAAAAGGUUUACUUACGUCUUUUUCGGACUCGAUGAGACAAGCGGCGUCCUCCAGUUUGUCCCGCCUGUGGCUGUUAAAGCAGAGCACUCUCCACAGGAUGAGGGGCCACAGGGCCAACGGCUAUGAAGGACAAGCUCACUCCAGUUUCUGUGGAAGCAUGAACGUGAAGGACCUGGUGACUGAAGACGCAUCACAUCUGAAGCUCAAUGGAUCCCUGUGCGAUGACUGUAAAGGGAAGCAGCACUCAGAGACACACAGCGUCCUGGUUACUCAGUCCUCCAGGCCCCGGGGCCCGGCGGGGGCCCUGUGGAGCCUCCUAGCUUACACAGGCCACUGCCUCCUCCAGCCGGGUGUCUGUGUGGUGAGAGCAGGUAAGGCUCUGGGCUCCGGGGCCGGGUCGGGGGCCCAGAGGCUCCUCUCUCUGCUCUGGAUGCUGCUAGCAGCUCCAGUGAAGACAGUCAGAGGUCUUCUUCGGCUCCUUGCGACCGGUUGGUACCAGCUGGUGUCUCUCAUGUCUCUCCUCAACGUCUUCUUUCUGACCAGAUGUCUACCUAAACUCUGGAGACUCCUGCUGCUCCUUCUGCCCCUCCUGCUCCUCCUCGCGUUGUGGUUGUGGGGUCCGUCCUCUGCGUCCCUGCUCGCCUACCUCCCAGCCAUCAACCUGACCGAGUGGCGUCCUGCGUCUCCGUGGACCCUCUGGUCUCGGUGGGUCCCGGCUCCUGCUCCAGGUCCUGCCUAUGUCCCCGUCCCUGCUACAGAGACUCCGUUUGAACAGACUGCAGCCCCCCCGGUCUCACAGGCACCACCGUUCCUCCCCCCCGUGGCCGUGUCCUCCGGUGUGGACCUGGAGCGACUGGAGCGUUUGGAGCGCCAGCUGGCUCUGCUGUGGGAACGAGUCCAGCAGGGGAACCAGAAGCAGGAGCAGCGUCACGGGGACAUCAUGGUCCUCUACAGCACCCUGAAGGAGACGCUCCACACCCAGACAGACAGGGAGAGGCUGGGCCUCUGGGUGUCCUCCCUGCUGGAGCAGAGACUGGGGGAGCUACGAGGAGAGCUGCAGCAGGAGGACACACUCAGAGCUCAGAGUGCAGAGCAACAGAAACAGCAGCAGGAGGGUCACGCAGCACGGCUGGUUCACUUAGAACUGAUGCUCAACACUCUGGCUACCAAGACAGAGGAGGUGCAGCAGAAGCAGCAGCAUUACGAGCAGGAGAAGGAGCAGGAGAAGGAGAAGGAGAAGGAGGUGAUCGCUCCAGCAGCAGAAACGCCUCCUGUCAGUGUGGGUGUGAAGCAGGAGGAGCAUGAUCUCCUGCUGGAGGAGGUGAAGAGACUGGAGGUGGAGCUGGGUAAAAUCAGACAGGACCUGCAGGGAGUCGUGGGCUGUAAGGGCAAGUGUGGGCAGCUGGACACACUGCAGGAGACGAUAUCGGCCCAGGUCUCCUCCCAGGUUUCCUCCCAGGUCUCCUCCCAGGUCCGUAAGGAGCUCCAGCUCCUGUUCUACGGGUCUGGAGAGGAGCAGCGAGAGCUCCCCGAGUCUCUGGUGGUCUGGCUGUCCCAGCGCUACGUCAGCUCCCCCGACCUGCAGGCCUCCCUGUCCUCCCUGGAGCAGAGCAUCCUGAGGAACGUGUCCCUGCAGCUGGAGCUGAACCGAGCCCAGACACUCGGAGAGGCCGAGUCCAAAACCAAGACCAUCGUUCAGACGGUGACCGGGUCCGUCCAGCACACGGCUGCUGCUGAGGGACUCUCAGAGGAGCAUGUGAAGCUGAUCGUCCAGAACGCUCUGAGGCUCUACAGCCAGGACCGGACCGGCCUGGUGGACUACGCUCUGGAGUCUGGAGGUGGCAGCAUCCUCAGCACUCGCUGCUCUGAGACGUACGAGACCAAGACGGCCCUCAUGAGUCUGUUCGGCCUCCCACUCUGGUACUUCUCCCAGUCCCCACGAGUCGUCAUCCAGCCUGAUGUGUAUCCAGGUAACUGCUGGGCGUUUAAAGGCUCUCAGGGCUACCUGGUGAUCCGGUUGUCUCUGAGGAUCCUGCCAACGUCGUUCUGUGUGGAACACAUCCCCAAAGCUCUGUCCCCCACCGGGAACAUCACCAGCGCCCCACGCAACUUCACCGUCUUUGGUCUGGAUGAUGAGUACCAGGAGGAAGGGAAGCUGCUGGGAAACUACGUCUACGAAGAGGACGGGGAGUCGCUGCAAACCUUUCCUGUGAUGGAGCAGAACGACCAGGCCUUCCAGAUCAUGGAGGUUCGGGUUCUGUCUAACUGGGGUCAUCCAGAAUACACCUGCAUGUACCGCUUCAGGGUCCACGGAGAACCCCGGCCCCAGUGAACCACCAGAACCAGAACCCACCCUACCACCGUCUGUACAUAGCUCUGCCUGUUUCUCUAAAAGGAGGGAGGGGACCCCAAGACCUCUGUGGACGUUUGUUUUUUUGUACGGAAGAAGACACUGAAGUUGUGGAUUGUUAAAGGAAUGUGCCCAGAC